GCCUAACAGUGCUGUAAUUUACAAACGAAUUCUCUCAGUCACACAUGAAUGUCGGCAGAAGCGCCAAACAAUCAUUGUUUUCUACUUUGACAUUUGUACGAUGUUGACAGUCCGUAUGCCCCUUGCACAGGGUUGUCCAAAUGAAUUGAGUGAAAAUGUUGAACGAUUUCUCUGAUAUGUCUGUGUGUAUGUGUGUGUCAUGCAUCAAAGAUUUUGAAUAGACAUUGACAAUUCGUGUUUACUUCGUUCAAAUGAUAAACAAUAUAUCAGUAGAGUGAAUCAGCUGUGUAAUCAACUUGAUCCGAGUUGCAGUCACCAAAAAAAAAACACAACACAGUUAGUUAUUGUAAAAAUGUUGUAAUAAAUUGCUGACAGUGAAAGAAAUGGCUACACCAACAAACGAUCGUGAAAAGUUUGCCGAAAAAUUACUCAAAGAAUGGGAACAUAUCGAAGAUGAAGUGCUAAUUAAGGAAGUGGCAACGAAAGGAAAGUACAUUAAUUUGUUGCUACAGUUUUUGGUGAAACGCAGUGGCAAGCCAUUGACCGAUGUCAAGCAAUAUUUUAACGACGAAGUUGAUAAAUAUGUACAUCGUUUGCUCACCAAUCGGCAAGUACACAAAGCCGAACUGGUGCUCAAAAAUUCUGGACGCAAAUCGCAGGCAUUGUUCUACGAGUUUGUACAAAGUACAUCUCAGGAGCAUAUUGAUGAUGACAUAAAAGAACGCGUCAUCUUAGAACAUUUGCAAAAUUGUGAUAACAAUUUCGAUGUGAUACGUGAAGAAUACGAUUACUAUUUGCUGGUGCUACGGUUGGCCGCAUCGAAUAAAACAUUGCGGCGACAAUUCGAAGAUGAAAUCCAUGUUUUUACACUGGAAUCACUGUUGCGGAAAAGUGUUGAGUUUCGAAAGUUGAUGGCCGUUACGACGUGUUUGCAUUGCAAAAAUGCGAUUCUCGUGGAGAAGCUUGACAAGCACAUCACUUGGUCGUAUCUGUGGCGAUCCGAACAAUUCCAAUACAUUAUCAAAUGGUUGAAUUUACUUUACGACAGCAAGUGUCCGAGUAUCAGCGACCUUGAUGGCGGUCAGAAGGAGCCAUGCUUCGAUGUUGCAAUAAGAAACCUCUUUUCGUCGUGGGAUAUCGAACCGGAAAUGUUUGCCAGUGUGCAAAACGAUCCACGAAUGGAUGAAUGCAUUCUGAAUAGUUUUGCACAGAAUGGAAUGAUCGUGCAUUGUGAAAAGGAUUCCAUUGUUGCAAUGCUACAGCGGAUUUUGACGACGUGUUCGUUUGAAACCAACAAAAAUUGGCUUGUCACUGAUAAGCAUCUACAAAAGAUGAUAAGAUUGAUCUUUGAACAAGAUCAAUUGGUUUUGUUGUUACACAAUAUUUUCAGCACGGAAUUGAUCGGGAAAGUUGCUCCUGAAUUCCAGAAAAUCGCCGAUGAGAUUGAUCUAUGUACAACCAUUAAACAAGAGGAUUUCGAAACGAAACGUUCCGUGGCCAUUGUAUCUGAAAAAUGUUCCGAAUACAUUAUCAAAACAUCCGACGUGGACUUUUAUUCCAAAUUUCCGCAUGUUUAUUUGAUGGAGCAACUUUUGAAGGAUGUAUCACCGAUGGAGUUGGCCAACUCAAAAGGAAGCCUCGAGAUUCUCGGCAAAAUUUCUGUAACUAAUUUAUUUUUACGCAAGCUACGCACGACCAACGCUAUAAAUGACUAUGAUGUCACCCUGGAUGAAAUGUUGCAAUUGAAAAAUAUUGACUUGAAAGUGAUUAAAGCGGAAGCGAUUGCAACAAACGGCGACACCACUGACGACUUGACUACUUUCGCCAACCAGAAGUCCAAUGACGAGUUAAUAUCUUUCUCCAAUCAGUGUUUAAACCAAAAAUAUGGACAAUCAACUGUACUCAGUUACGCCGAUUAUGUGAAACAGUAUCGUAGCGCCUAUGCGGUAUACAAAUUUUUUGUCAAUCAGCUGAACAUUUACUCACAAAUAUCACAUGCUCAAAUUCAAAUUGCGUGCGGUGCCAUCUCGGAAAUCGCUAUCAAUAAUCUCGAUGAUAACGAAAUGGUCGCUCAUUGUGUGUCGUUUAUUGAAAUGCUCGGCAUUAAUUCGCAAAUCUUACGGGCCCACAUCAAAUGCUGUCGAAUCAUUAAAGAAAAUGCUGGCGACGACUUCAAUUUGAGUUGUUGCUUCAACGAAGAACAUGUGAUCAAACAAACCGAAAAUAUCUUUUUACAGCAAAUUAAAAAUUGUGAAACGCUCGACGAACUAUUCGAUGUUAACAAAUUCGAGCCAUUGAAAUUAUUAUGCAAAGCACGAAAAUCAGAUUUACCAUUGUCGUUUCUGAAAGAAGCAGCCAAAAGAUCCAACUGGUUUCAAUUUCUGCUGUUUGCUGCAUACCAUAAUUAUUCGAUAAGAUCGAUUAUUGAUGUUUGCCAAAUGGAAUGCUUCAAAAAUAGAAAUAUCGGCCUGAAUAUGGGAAGAGCGCUCAAAGAAAUUAUUGUGGAGGAUGAGAUGCCUCGACGGACAAAUAGCUUUUCGUAUCGUGAACAUAAACGGAAAAUUCUCAACAAAAACGAUACCAAUCUUUUGAUCACCGCUAACAAUCGCCAUAUUUCCAAUUCGAUGAACUACAUGGAAAAAUUGGCAACGACCAAACUGCUUUCGUGUCAGCAAUUUUUGAACAUCAAUGAUGACAUGGAUAUUUUUGCCGUGAUUUUAAUUUGUACAUGUGAAUUGCGAUCGGCCGAUGAACCAGAACUCAGUCUCACCGUAAUCAGAGACAUCAUGAAAAACCCCGACAUAUAUCAACCAUGUACGCAUUUGAAUUUAGUUCGAUACGCGUUCAAAAUGAAAUGGCCGAUUUUAUCGAUUUUGGCAGCUACUGUAAAUGAAUCGGCCGUGGAUUACUGUUGGAUCAUUUGGUUAAUAAUAUCAACGGAACAAACUGAAAUGCAAUUUGAUAUCGAAGAGUAUGGUGAUUUGGUGCAAUACAUCAUAACCUAUUGCGUUCAGGAGAACCAUGUGCGAACGCUGCAUCAAAGUUUCAGGAUUUUUUAUCCGGAUAGUAAAUUUACGCUGUUUACACAGUUUCUCUCCGAAACGAGUCGAUAUCAAUUCACAACGAAAACAAGUGCAUUGCUCAUGGAUUUUCUGUACGAAUUGGACGAGGAAACGGUUUCGAUUAAUAGCCUAGUGCCUUUUUCAAAUGACCAUAUGCUUCGAUUCGUAUCCACAUUACUGGUAGAAUAUGUGAAGAGAAGCUUUGACUCAAUGGAGCACAGUCAGCAGCUAUUGGACACAAUUGCUGCUUCAGGAAUCAGCAAUCGCACUGAUACAAUUGACUUUAGCACCAUUGCUGCUAUCAACCAAAUUAUUCGGUUCACAAAAGUUCGCCUGAACAUCGAUGAAAUGCUCUGUCGACUGCCAUCCGAUACCAACAACGGCGAAAGAGGAGGAGGAGGAGGGGCUGUCGUCGAAACUGAAGCUGAAAUGGAGCAAUCAACUCUCCUACAAAAUGAAUACAUUCGAAUCUCCGAUGAAUUAAUUGCUGAAAAACAAUUUAAAUGUGCCAUCGAAAUGGCCGAUCUAUUGAGUCUAUCAAAAGACACUAUCAUUUAUGAGCAAUGGAUCCAUCAGUUUGAGAACGAAGAACGUUUCGAUUUUGAAUCGUGUGACCAGGGCAUUUCGCAGCACUCAAUCUCGCCGUUAGUCUUAAUCAACUUUUUGUUGUUUGUAUCAGGCAAACUGGAUUAUACUGACAUCAAAAAGUAUUUGGUACUGAAGAAAAUUUUGAAUGCUAUCAAAAAACAUCACCUCUAUCCAAACGAAGUGAUUCCCCGUGAUCGCAUCGAGUGUGAGAUGUACAAGUGUAUUUUGAAAAAUGAUAGCAACAUCGAUGAAAUUGAAAUGUACAAUUCCGAGUACUUUGAAGCGAUUAUGAUGACAGAGCGUGGUGUGCUGUAUAAAUCCUUUUUAGAUUUGAAAGAUUUGGCGGGCGUUGAUCGAUUGACUGUAGUUGCCAAAGAUCAGUUGAAAAAACAGGAAACUGAGCGACUCAACAAAUUAAUGAAUCGUUUACUCGACCAAGGUGAUGUCGUACAAGCGCUUCGACUGCAAGGCAUCUUCAAUCACCGUACAAUUGAUCUGCACUACUUGGUGUUUUGCAUGGCAUUGGCCGAGAGUUUGGCGAAUUUGUACGAUUUAUCGACGGAGCAGAAGCAAAUGCUGAAUGCUGGACUGAAGCAAGCCGCUUCGAAAUUUAAUCGACGCACUCUUCGACUGAAACGAAUGAAUACGUCUUGCAGCACUAGCACAUCAUCAUCGCCAGUCGGUAAGACGUAUCUCGAUUCGGAGCCUACACGUGUUGAUUUUGAAGAGAUUCCAUCGGGUGAAAAACAAGAUUUGCUGGAUGCUAUUCAGAGCCUCGCAUCUCGAGUAAAGUAUGGAUUCAAGCUAGUUCAACGUAUUGCGAUGGUUUUUCGAGCAGCUAUGCACCUGGAAAAGGAAUACUUGGACGUGCUACAGACCAAAGACCCAUACAUUUUGUUACAAAAUGCAAUGGACGAUCCAUGUGUAAAUCGUUUAUUAGUUAUGAGCGACAUCAUGACUUCGAUGCAAAUGACCGCAACCGAAAUAGCAAAUUUCAUCGCUGAGCAAAUAUCUCGUGCAAUAAUCAAAUCACGUUUUUACUUGUUGCAUAGCCUAACGUCGCAUUCAUUUGGGCAAAAUUUUCUGUGGGACUACGAUCUAGACAAAGAUUUCCAUUUAUUUUUGGAAUUAUGUCCAAGUACGUCGGCAUCGUUGCUCGGUCAUAAUUUGCUUCGGUUUUGUGAUGCACUGAAGAUUUAUCGUAAAUUUGAUUCCGUAAAAAAUGCCGAGCCCGACCUAACGGCCUAUUCAAAUGCCGACGAAUUACGGGAAACUUUCAACAGUCUUUGGACUAUAAUGGAAAAUCAAGUGUUGUCAUACAAAAAGCAAAACACAAUCACUGUAGAGCUAUUGAUAAAGGCACACGAUUGCUUCGUGUAUGAAUGUUCCAUGGAAGGUAUCGCAUUUGUGCUGCAACGCUGUAAAGCGAUCACAGCAACGCUUGCCGCGGCUAAAUCAUGGCGUUUGAUUGUAAAACUUUUGAUGGGAGUUGGCCGGUAUCGUGACAUGUACUAUUGCUUUGAAAUCCUCAUGAAAAAUGGCCAAUUCGAGUGUUUGCUCGGUCAAUUCGACGAAGAACGUGUCACUGGAUUCAAAGACGCGAUAAUAUCGUAUUUGAGAGAACAUCAUCCCGAUGAUAAGGAAAACUAUCGACUGGCCGCACUCCAUUUUCAGAUGUACCAAGAACUGGCGCAAAUUAGCGAAUCGGAAGCACGGACAAUUGUUGAGAAUGAAUUGAAGAAAUAUGAAAAACGCUCGGAAGACGAAAUAUCCAUUGCAUCGAUGAGUUCUACGAAAUCCAAUGCCGACCAAUUCAGCGAUGCCAGCUCGAGCACACUCAAUUUCAACGAAAAUCUCAGUUUGGCGAUUGCAUCGGGUGUCACAUUUUUAGUGUGCUCAAAAUCUCUACUUGAAUCACUAACAUCAGCUAUAGAUGCCUAUGCAAAUUCAGCGGAUAACUAUUUGUUAGAGAAUAAACUUGUAUUGGCCCAACGAGCAGCUUCAAAUGCCGAAUUGGUCGCGAUGCAAAUUCAUUUGGUGCGACAUACGCUGGAAUACGGCAAACCAAACUGCUUGUGUGUAUUGAACAUUCGCAGUGAAAGCGUGUUUCGGUAUCUCGUCAAUAACGAACUCAACAUUCCCCAAUCACUAAUGCUCAGCCGUGCCUAUCCGUAUGAGAUUACCUGGACUGAAUCGAUUUUCAGUCAAUUCGUGCUGCAAGGCAAAGAUGAUUACAUUAUAGAAUAUUGCGUACGAAUGGAGCUGUCGGACGAUAUGAUUGAAAAUUUGGUGAAGAAUUUCCUGCAAUUGCAAUCCAGUGCCACGUCAAAGAUGGAAAAGGCCAUUUCAAUCAUCCUAGAAAUGGUCCAAAGUGUUACAUUACGCUAUAAAUUAGCUUCAUUGCUCUGCGACAAACGUGGUAUUGCCGGCUUAAUCAAUGGCGAUUGCUUGUAUUAUCUUAAAGACACGAAUUAUGGACGCAACGAAACUUUAUGAAAAUAAAUUUAACUAGAGAAAAAAACGCUUAUAAACCAAAAAUCGUAUUUUUCCAUUCGAAUUCGCUGAAAUAAAAUCUCGUUUACUGAAUAAAA